CAGGCGCUGCUCUCUGGGGAUGGCGGGGCUGCCGCUCACCGCGCUCUCUCUUUGUCUCUUCAUUUCUGCGGGUGAGUCUCAGGUACUUACCAUCAAUGCAGAACACAGCCGGAUCAAUGUGACCGACGGAGGAAAUGCGUUAUUUUCAGUGCGGCCGUCGGUCGAGGUCAGCGGUGGGAACUGGGCUUUCGAUGGGAAAACAGUCGUCCAGUGGACCGGUGACAGUGUGCUCUAUGGUAGUGGGUACCAAUCACGGGCUGAGGUAUUCACCACCAACGGGUCGCUCCUGCUGAGGUCGGUCAACAUGUCGGACAGCGGGGAGUACAUUCUGAACAUGAUUUCAAAGACCGGCUCUUCAGCUUCGGCGACCCUCACUCUGCGGGUCCUUGAACCUGUUUCCGAACCCAAUAUUACAGCCAAUGCAACCAGCCUGAUAGAGUACAAUGACACCGUGAAACUAACAUGCUCCGCAACAGGCACGGCGGUCUCUUAUCUGUGGCUUGAAGAAAAUAGCACAAUAAUUCCUGGCGGCAGGUUUGAACUGGGUGCCGAUAACAGCACACUCACUAUUCCUGGAGUUUUACGAACAGACGGACCGUUCACCUGCAUCGCAUACAACUCGAUUAGCGAACAGACAAGCGAGUCGUUUUAUCUCAAUGUUUACUACGGACCGGAUCAUCCAAAUAUCACCACUAACCCUGAUUCCCUUCCUUACACUGCUGGAAGCACCGUCACUUUAACAUGUUCCGCAGAGUCCAGGCCAACCGCUAACCUGGAUUGGUAUCUGAACGGUGCCUUUCUACAAACUGGGCAGCAACUUAUCCUUGACAAUAUUUCUGUGAGCAAGACGGGGAAUUACACUUGUCAGGCCUUUAACAAUGUCACAGAAAAGUACAAUGCCUCGACUCUAGAAAUAACUGUGCUGGAACCUGUGUCUAAUGUCACUGUAACACGCAACAAUUUAAGUCCCGUGGAAAUCAACGACACAGUUGUGCUCAUUUGUGACGCGCAGGGCACUAUUCAGAGACGAAAGUGGUUGAAAGAUAACCAACCCAUCCAGGAAAAUGACAGGAUAUUUACUCCUUCAGAUAAAGCAAAUCUGACCAUAGCCCGUGUUAAGAGAACUGACACAGGAACAUACAACUGUACCGUAAGCAAUGCUUACAACAGCGGCAGUGCAGCAAUCUACGUGCAAGUGAACUAUGGACCAGACAACGUCAGAAGUGUGCCGCAGGGUCCAGUUGAGGCAGAUAUUGGUUCACCUCUAACCUUAACUUGUUCUGCCCUGUCAGUCCCCAGUGGCGAAUAUAUAUGGUACAGUGGGACAAAUCAUCUACAGACAGGGCAGCAGUACACCAUCGAGGCAGUAAGCUCGGUUGACAGUGGGAAUUAUACUUGUGAGGUUUAUAACAACAUAACCAUGAAACGCAGCAACCUCACUGUCGUGGUAACUGCACGGGUUCGAAAUGUUCACUCUCCCGGAGGUUUGUCAGCUGGAGAGAUAGCUGGGAUUGUGAUUGGCGUCGUUGCUGCAGUUGCGAUUGUGGGUGCACUCGCUGCCUUGUCAAUCAAGAAAAAUGCAAGCAGGAUGAAGGUUCCGGAGGUAAAUCACGGGAGCAGAAAAGCAGGAGUAAACAAUACCUUGGCUACGGAUGUUGCAGGCUCGUCACAGACGUAUGAAAAUAUGCCAAGGAAUCAUAAGAGUAGCGCUCACCCGCCCGAUGAAAACUCCACUUACAUGGGGCUGGUGUUGGAAGAUCGAUCAGUUUACAGCGAUCUGAGGAGAUGCCCUCUCAUUCUUCUGAAUACCAGGGAGUACAGUCACCGGCAACUCAAUAUCUCCUGACAGGCUAACCCACUCAACUCCGGAUUCAACCCAGUGAUAUUCCUGUGCACAGCCUCCAAUGCCGCCAAAUCUUUUCUCAACUAGGAAGACCAGAACUGCAAGGAAUAUUCUGGGUGCCGCUUCACCAGUACCGUGCAGAGUUCCAGCAUAACCUCCCUGCUCUUAAAUUCAAUCCCUCUUGCAAUGAAUAACGUGUUGCAACUGCAAACCAACCUUUUGCGAUUCACGCACUCCUAAGCCCCCUGCACAACAGCAUGUUGCAAUCUUUCACCACUUAAAUAGUUAUCUGAUAUUCUUUUUUUUCCUUCCAAAGUGGAUGACGUCGCAUUUACCAACAUUGUACAACAUCUGCCAGACCCUUGCCCACUCACUUAACCUAUCCAUAUCUUCCAUUCCUAAUUGCUUGCUUCGUGGUUUUUUGUUACUUUGUAAAGUUUUCCCAAUCUUCCACUUUCCCGCUACUCUUGACGACUUUGUAUCCAUAAACUUUAAGCUUGAUGUCUUCUUUAAUUUCCUCAGUUACCCAAGACUUGCUCUCCCCACCCUAACUGUCCCUUGCUUUUAACUGGAAUAUACUUCUGUUGAGCGCCAUGAAAUAUCUCUUUGAAAGUCGUUCACUAUUCCUCAACUGUCGCACCAUAGAGCCUGCGUUUCCAGUCUACGCAAGACAACACCUGCCUCAUUCCGUUGUAGUCUCCCUUGUUCAGGCAAAAUGCACUGCUUUAAGAUUGAACUAUUGCACUCCCCAAUUGUAUGAGAAAUUCAAUCAUACAAUGAUCACUCUUUCUAAGAGAAUCCCAAACUGCAAGAACGUUAAUUUCACCUGUUUCAUUGCACAGGAGCAGACCAAAGAUAGCAUUACCCUCGCAGGUUCACUAAAAUGCUGUUCAAGAAAGCUAUCGCGGAUGUAUUCCAUGAAGUCCUCCUCAAGACUGCCUCGACCAAUUUGAUUCGCCCAAUCUAUGUGGAAUUUAAAGUCCCUCUUGACAACUGCCGUUCCAUUCUUACAUGCACCGGAUAUUUUUUCAUUUAUUGUCUGGGCCACUGUCAUAUUAUUAUUCGGUAGCUAAUACACAACUCGCACCAGUGAAGUCUGCCCUUUACUAUUCCUAAUCUCUGUGCAGAUGGACUCAAUAUUCUUCUUCUUUGGUUUCAUAUCGUCUCUCACUAUCGGCCUGGUCUCAUUCUUAAGUAAAAGCGCAGCCCCACUUCCCUAACCUUCCUGCCUAGCCUUCCGUAUGACCUAAUUCCUGUGGAUAUUUAAUUCGUACACAUCUCCAACCUGAAACCAUGUUUCUGCAAUGGACACUAAAUCAUCCGCCUUUGUAUGAUUUGUGCCACAAGUUCACUGACCUUGAUUCGUGUACUACGGGCAUUCAGAUAAAGUACCCUGACACUCAUUGUCCUUCUAUAAUCUUGGAACCUUUCUGUCCUUUGCAUUUUAAUUUUCUGUACUCUACUCUCACUUUUCUCAUUUCUAACUUUCGCUCUGGUCUCUGGUUCACUUCCCUCUUUCUUUCUACAUGGAUUCCCAUCCCCCUGACAUAUUAGUUUCAACCUGCACCAACAACAUUAGCAAACAAUCCCCCGAGGACAUUGAACCCAGUCCGGGAGUGAGCCGGGUUGUGUUUUGUACUUCAAUGUAAGGAGUCGAAGAAAUGAAGGCAAUGUGCUAAAGGAACAGAUGUACGUGUUUGUAUGACAACCUGGGCACUCUGAAACCUGGUCUAUCGAUGAGCUGGUGGCGAACCACUGUGUUGUUGGCGACAGGUUUCCGACAAGGUGGAGUAAGAGGUGUUGGAAUAAAAGCGUGAUCAUUGUGAAAUGGCAAGCUGAAAUAAUUGACAGACAAGUCACUCGGCGGAGCGCUGUAACUGGUGGAAUUGCACAGCACUCAACACCAGGUUCCUCGCUCUGUUACAGACCAGGUGUCACUCUAUUUAUAGCAUCAAUAUGGAUUGCAAAUUGUUGAGGCAUUGGCUAUCACCCACGUACUGAUGGACGGACAUCGAGAUGAAACGUUAAAUCUUUCUCCCUGCACACAUACUGCCUGACAGGCGGAGUAUUCCCCGUAUAUUAUCCGACACCUCUUAAAUUAAAUCCCACAGUACUACCGAUGUCCAGUUUCGGGACACUGCUCUGUGCUAACUGGCUGAGUAACUCGUUCUUUUUCCUGGAUCUCUGACUCAGGUCCUUUUCUCACAACCACAUAAGACAAAAGUAUCAUCUGACAUAUUUGAAGAAGGUUCACACAUCGCAUACCUCUAUUCAUGUUUGUAACUUUUCAAGUACCUUUUACAUGCGUAAAUGUUUCUAUAUCAAGCAAAUAAACAAUUUGU